UUCAAGACUUUGAUUGAUCUAAUAUUAUCAUUGUACAUAUUUUUCACAAACAACAAACAUGACAGAUCUUAAUAUGGAUGCCGAAAUAUAUGGAGAGGAUGAUCCAAUAGUCAGCUCCUAUGAUAUUUUCAUUAAACCUCACAUUUCUGAAGGUCGAGAAAUCUAUAUACUACAAUUCCCAAAUCGCGAUAUUGAGCAACGAUAUGCCGGAUCAAAUGAUGCUCAACCUCUCAAAUUUCGAACGAAACCAAAAGCCGGAAUGGUGGAGAUGGAUGUCCCGAUCGACGCUCGCAGGAAUUAUGACAAAGAUAAGGGGGUGAAAUGGGGGGAUGCUAUUAAGAAGAGUAAUAUGGUUAAGGGCGGGGGAAGUCAUGGCUUACCAGGUGGAUUUGGAAUUGGAGGCGCGCAACCAAGUCAAAGGGGAAGAGGAAGGGCACAAGAGGUUGAUCCUGAGAAAGUACUGGCGGAUUUUGAAGGUGCUAUUCGAAGUGAACAGGUUUUGGUGAAGCAAACUCUUGGUGGUCAAAUAAUUCCGGUCGACAAAAAUAGUCCUAAUUACUUUUUGGGGGCUUUUCAAAAAGGUAAAUGGGAAUGUUGUAUUCCCAGGAAAAUUGCUAAUUCAACCUAGACAAACUUCAUCUUACCCCGAUCGACCAUAUGGUCCAAAUGAGACCUCAAUUUCAUCACAUCGACGCACACGUAGAACAGGAAAAGCAAAACCGCCCGCGGGAAGGACCUGCACCCAAGGCUACCGAAGCUCGAGCUAUUCAUAUGACAGUAAAGUCAAGUAUUGAUGGAGAGGAAGAUGGGAGUGAUAAUAUUGCCGUACGAAUUUCUGCUGCGCAACAGGAACAAUGGGUGAAGCAUCGAUACGUCGACGAGGAUCAUCAAGCUGCUUGGGAGUGCUAUCAUGAAAACAUGUUUAUUUAUGCUGAACAAGAUGAGAAUGGAGAUGAGCAAGCACUCUCGAUUGAUACGGUGUCCAGGUUAACCACCGGGAUGGAUGACAUGGCAUAUAUUGAUACAAUCAGUGCGCCAAAUAAUGCAGCGAAGAUGUCAAGAGCCAAGGUGGAUGCGCAAACAAUUGAUCUGGAUGAUGAUGAAGAAGAAUGAUAGAAUUGUAUGAUAUGGGUGGAUUCUCUGGCGUACAAAAUCAACAAGAUAGAUACCCCGCAUAUGUCUUUGGAGACGAGAUUCUAAGUAGACUGUUGACAUAUUUCAGCAGCACUACUAUAUGUUGUAUCUCCUUGAUUUGGUUUGAGAAUGAACACUUUUUGAGCGAUCAAA